AUUAACUCUUCGAAUUUACCACACUAAAAUCAGGCGGCUGCGAACACGGCUGCGUUUGAUUUUGCGCAAGAUUUUUGAUCAAAUCUGUCUGAAUGGAAGUAACUUCAUUAUUACACGUGUUCAAAACUGGUUGAAUAAGAUGGUUAUGCUUAUGACGUAACGAUUUUUUUGGUGGCAGGAAAAAUGGCUGGAACAUGGGCAGAGGAUGAAAUUGGGCGAAAAUGGGAUCGUUGCUUUACGGACGCUGUUCUUAAACUAGGCGGUGGUGUGUUCCUAGGAUCCGUAUUCUCCCUUCUCUUCUUCAGAAGAAAGAAGUGGCCAAUCAUAACAGGAGGUGGUUUUGGCCUAGGUAUGGCUUACUCGAAUUGUGAAAAGGAUAUAAAUGCAACAGUGACACAAAACAGGCCACAAGGUCGAAAAUGCGAAGAGAAGAAGAAGUAGCAAACUGACUCUUUUAUGAUUUAGAACAGAAAGGAAGUAUGGAAAAUCGUCAACUAGCAUAGGCGAUAAGUCCAGUAAUGUGGUAAUGCACCAUAUUAGUUGAAUUUAUAACAUUAUGUCGCAAUGUCGCGUUAAUACGAAAAUAAAAAUCUUGCAGUGUA